AUGUCCCCACACUAUCCACAGUCGAAUGGACACGCCGAGGCUGUGGUCAAGUCCGUGAAGUACUUGAUUCUCAAGACUGCACCUGACUGUAACAUUGACUGUGAGGCAUUCGACUGGGGCCUGCUAGAUCCCCGGAACACUCCAACCCCUGCUGGCCUCUCUCCUGCUCAGAUUUUGUAUGGUCAUCCUUUAUUGACUUUUGUCCCUGCCCAGCCCCAGUCCUUCUCUGCAGAGUGGCAGACCAAGUCUGAUGACUGGGACCGCCGCGCCGCUGCCCAAGUUGACCAAGUGACCAGCCGCUACAAUGCCCGUCCUCUUUCAAGGCUGUCCAUAGGCCAGCAUGUCCACUUUCAAAACCACACAUCCCUCUGA